AUGUCAACACAUGUUACUGAUCUACCUACUCACGUGCUUCUCGCCAUCGCAUCGCAUCUCGAUCGACUGUCUUUGGUGAACCUCGCAACAAUAUGUAGUUGUCUACAGCCAAUAGCAGAAGAAGUCGUAUGGUCCCAUUUAGAUCUCUCUAUCCAUCGGUCAACUAGUCGCUCGAUCGUCAAGAAUAGAAUACUAAGGAUACGAGAUGCCCACGCUUGGCAGUCAGACUAUCACCAGUAUAUGGCCCGGGCGUCCUAUGGGACAAUCAUGCAAGAUCUCACGAGUCAUCUGCAGGCUCAUCCCUCUUGGAUCAAAAGUGUCCGAAGGAUUUCUGUCGACAUCGAUAUAUUACUCUGUGAACUCUUUCGAUGUCUACUUCAACUUAUAUCUCCCACACUGAAAAGCUUAGAGCUGUUCCCUCCUGAAUUCGCUUUCGGUCCUUCAAGAUCACAAAGCUUGCUCACGAUUGAGCAAGUCUUCCUCUCACUCAAUACUCAAUUGACAAGUCUUAGACAUCUGCAAAUAACGCUAGAAGGAGAUUGGCAAAAUACAUUAGGAUCGGCUUUACGAUCCGUACCAUACCUUCGAUCGCUCCGUAUCAGUCCUGCUAGUGCUCAUGCUGGCGGUUGGGGACGAAAGACAUUAUUCGAGCAGCCCGAUGGGAGGAUAUGGCCUGCUAUGAUGUAUCUUAGAAGAAUCGAAGUGGAUGAGAUGUACACCCAAAUGGAGGAUAUGAUUACCAGUAUUCUUCAAGAUUCAGAUGAGAUCACGGAGAUUGCGCUCAGAGAUCCGGGAGGCUAUAAGAACGUGAAGUAUACCCUACCGCUCUUACAGCCCAAUACAAUACCAGAAUCUGAUACUAUGACGACCUUAUACUUGUACGGGUAUUCGACUCCCGCAGAAGGCACCACUUCUUUCGCAUGGGACGAAGAAAAUCAAGGACUCCCUGCGCUUAUCCGACCGAUCCCGUCGUCUAUCCUAGCUCGAGUUCGACAAUCGAAGAAUUUACGACUCAUCUUGUUUCCUACAGACCAUUUUGACGAGCUCAAUCAUGUCGGCGGAGAAUAUCGAUCAGAUCAGGAAACCCUCAAGACGAUAGGACGGGGUGUACUGAUACGUACUUACACCACUACUGAUCCAUAUGGGAAGGUGGAUACCUUCACUCAUUGUAGGAGUUAUUCUGCUCAUCACACUCACGUUUCUAAUGCUCAAGUACAUCAUGCUGAGAAUGUAUGGGAAGAAUAUACUGACUUCAACGGCAAACACAUCAAUGCUUCUGUGCUAGGUGAAGUGUAUAGGGUCUCUGGAGAAGCGGAAAUGUGGAAAGAAGGAGGAAGGGAUUUGCAGCUGCCCGAACAAGCUUGGAAUGUGCUCAGAAAGAGGUAG